CAGUGGAUUGGACUGAAGCGUCUUCAUGAUGAAUCGUCCACAGAACCCUGAAGAAGGUGAAAACCCAAGCAGAACCUCCAAGCUGCCAGCAGGGGGAGUAGUUCUGCUGGUUCUGGUCGGUCUGCUGGCUGCUGCUCUCAUCGUCAUCUACAGACUCUCGUUUGAUAAAAUACGCAGCAAUCAAACCAUCCAAACUCUGAAAGACAAGAAUGAAGCUCUGGGGAAAAAUAUCUCAGAUCUGACAUGUCUGAAGUGUGAAGCAGGAUGGGAGCAACAUGGAGGAAACUGUUAUUAUUUCUCCACCAGUAAAUCCUCCUGGACUGACAGCAGACGUUCCUGCACUGAUCUGGGAUCAGACCUGGUGAAGAUCGACAGCAGAGAGGAGCAGAUGUUCCUGUUAGAAAGACUGAGAGUCUUGAUGAAGGACGAUGAGGACAUGUUCUGGAUUGGACUGACAGACUUAAAGGAAGAAGGAAAAUGGUUCUGGGUGGACGGAUCACCUCAGGAUAAAAGUUUGACGUUCUGGAAGGAUGGAGAACCUGACAACGCAAGUAAAGAUGGUGCAGACUCAGCUGACUGUGCAAGGAUGGGGAGGAAAAUAGAAGCUCAAGGCCUGAAGUCCUGGUUUGAUAUAUCCUGUAAUUUUCCUCACAAAAGCAUCUGUGAGAAAACAGCUGGACUGAGUUCAUGUGUUUGUGUCUGAAGAUCAGUUCAGUCUGUGAACUGAUCUGAGUUCAGCUUCAGGAAGCUGCAGUGAUGCUGCUUUUAUCAAGAUAUUGUGUUUAAAAUGUUAAAUUUACUUUCAGACAUGUUGAAAUUAUCAUUAAACUUUCAACAUUCAAACAUAUUCUUGCUUGAUUUGCUGUCAUAUUAAUAUUUUGGUUAAAUGUAGAAUAUCCUUUGAAAAAAUAUAAAACUAUGUAACUUGUAAAUAUUUGAUUAUGAUCAGGAAUUUCUCUUAACUUGUUCCACAUUUUGUCCAGUAAAAUACGUUUUUGGUCAAUAUGACUAAAAAAACAACAAAGACUUUGAAAUAAAUUAUUUGGAGAACUUUUAUAACUUUUGCUCAUAUUUGAUGCAAAGUUUAUUUAUAAUUGUUACGUGGUAAAAAUUUAAUAAAUGUUUAAAAAAAUA